AUGAUAGCAGACAAUAAUCAACUCGAAAUUAGCGUUCGUUAAUUUGCAGUAACAAACAUAAAGAUAAAUAUAAAAAAAUACUGGAGUCAAUAAAAUAAAAACAAUUUCUUUUUUUCAGAUGAGGAUAAAGAAUCUGUUAAAUAAAAUCUUUUAGAAGCACUUAUAAGGUCAGUAUAAAUAUCUUAAUUAUAAAAAUUAUAUUCUAAAAUAAUUAAUGAAGUUUGUAGUUAUGAUUUUCCUGAAAAAUGGCCUUAUUUAUUGGAAAAUAUAGUCCAAAAAUUACAUAGUAAUACCAAUGAAUAAGAAAUAUUGGGGUGUUUACUGGCUUUAAAGGCAAUUUUUGAUAACUAUGAGUUUGAAUUGAAUGAGAAAAGAAAAUAUUUAGACACUUUAAUACCUAGAGUAUUUCCUUAUUUUUAAAAAAUAAUCAUUUAAUUAACCCCUGUAUAUAAUUAAACAAAUGCACAUAUUCUAAAGCCGAUUUUAAAGAUUUUUUUUAAGUGUAUAAAUUUAGAAACGCCAAGUAGUUUAUAAUAAAAGGAACUUUUAAGUGAAUGGAUUGGGUUUUUCAAACUUUUAAUAGAUCAUUAAAUGCCUGUAGAAUUGAGUAGUUUAACUGAAAAUUAAGAAAUUAUUAAUUAAAGGAAUAAAAAUAUACUUUGGAAAAAUAAAAAAUGGGCAAGCUAGAUUUUAACGAAAAUUGCUUUAAGAUUGGCAAAUAUUCAAAUAAUUGAAAAGGAAUAAUAACCGUUGGCUGAAUGGCUAAUUGAAAAUCAUUUUGGGAAAAUACUCGAGAGCUUUAUUCAAAUUCUUUUUUAGAAUUAGUAAUAGUUCGUAGGGUAGGCUUGUAUUUAUUUUGCUAUUAAAUAUAUUAAUAGAUGUCUUUAAAUUAAUUAAUUAGUCCAUAUAAUUUAAAAUUAGCAUGAAAAUUUACUUUUUAAAUGCCUUAUCCCUCUUAUUUAUUUAAAAUAGAAUGAUUUAGUGACAUUCGAUGAAGAUCCUUAGGAGUUUAUCAUAUAAGAGGAAGUUUCUUUAUAAGGAAAUUAUAAGAGUAAUAAAAUUACAGGUAUGGAAUUAAUAUAGGGAAUAUUAAAAACUUUUAAUAAUAAUAAUUAAUUACUGGAUAAGUUUUUUGGAUUUAUUAGUUGUUUUUUGUAGAACAAAGUGCAUCCGUUUAAUCCGGAAAUUUAAUUGAAUUUGUAAAUAAAAGAUGGGCUUUUUUUUGCUAUAGGGUAUUUAAAAGAGUAACUUUUUUUUGGGGAAAAUAAUAAAAUAAAAGAAUAAAUGGAAUGCUUUUUAUAAAAUAUAGUCCUUCCGGAAAUUUCCUUUUAGGAAAAAACUGGAAUUAUGCGUUCAAGAGCUUGCUAAAUUUUAGGUAAAUUCAGUUUCGUUAAAUUUAAAAACUAAUAAUUAUUAACUGAAAUAGUUUAAAAAGUAAGUUCAUGUUUAAAUGACAAAAUUUUAAUUGUGAAAUAUAAAGCGGCACUUUCUUUAAAUAAUUUACUUUAUUAAAAAAACGCCAGAGAGUUAAUAAAAGGACAUUUAAAGGAAUUAUUAGAAAUAUAUCUUAAAUUAAUGGAAGAAAUCGAUAGUGAAGACUUAGUUUAGGCCCUAUAGGGUAUUGUGAUCCAUUUUUAGGAAAAUAUAGGGCCUUAUGCGUAUGAUUUAUGCUCACAUUUAUAAUAGGCUUUCUUUAAAUUAAAAGAUAAGAAUAAUAACGAAAAUAUCGAAAAAGAAGACUAUGAUGGGGUAUGCGGUUUAGCAGCAAACGAAUGUUUAAUUACUUUGGGAAAAAUCAUUACUACAUAAAUACCGGAAGAUGCUUUUUUAAAAAUAAGCUAGAAUAUAGUAUUACCAAUUAUAAAUGAGUGUUUUUUGUAUGAAUAUUCGUGUUUUAUUGAUGAGGGUUUGUAUUUAUUAUAACAUAUAUGUUUUAGAGUGUAAAAUAUAAAUUAAGAGAGUCUUUUGUGGUUUUAUUUAGGGAAUCUUUUCUAUAUAAUUAUUGGUAAAAAAGAAAAUUUAUAAGAUGAUUUAAUUAAUUCAAUUAGUGAUUUGGCAUAGUAGAAGUUAGUUAAAAAAUCUAUAGAAGGUUGGGGAUUUGAGUAUGUGGAUGAUGUAGUUGUUAUUAUAAAAAAUUUCAUUUAGAAAGGCUGGGAGGUAUUUUUGAAUGGGAGAGACUUUUUUGGUGUUCCGUGGAUUGAAUAGGUUUUUUCUUUGGUCAAAAAAAGCUACUUUUUAGGAAGCUAGGAUGGGUUUUUGGAUGAUGGGUGUUUGAAAAGUUCAAUUGGAUUGUUUUUGGCCAUUUUGGAAAAUUAGGUGGUCGAUUAGAAAGUUCCUAGUGAGAUUUUUACGGCUAUUUUUAAGUAGGCUUUGACUAGUUUGUCAAUAAAGAAUUUAAAAAAAGAUGUUUUGGUGGCAAAUAUGGAAGUUAUAUGCUUGUGUUUUUAUUAUAAUUGUAAAGAUAGUUUUUUAAUUUUUUAAAAAUUAUUUACAAUGACAAAGUUUUUCAAAAGUGAAGUAUAAAAAUAAAGAUUAAUGAUUGGAUUUGCAUCUAUAUUGGGAAACGGUUUAUAAAAUUAAGAAUUAGUGGGAAUUUAUUAAAAUAUAAUGAAAGAAUGUGUAGCUUUAAGUAAUUAAAUUUUACAUUUAAGAGAAGAAAAUCAAUAUGAAGAUGAAGAUGAUGAAGAUGAAGAAGAUGAAGAAAAUUAAAAUUAAUAAGAUAAAGGUGAUUUCUAAAGUUAAUUGUAAUAAUAAGUUGAUAAAUUGUAAAAAGUUAGAGAAUAAUAAGAAUAAAAUAAUAAACUUCUUAAUAAUGAAGAUGAUGAUGAAGAUGAAUAUAAUAAUUUUGAUAGAUAUGAAUAUAAUUAUAAUUAUUAAUGUCCACUUGAUAAAUUUGAUGAAAUUAUAUUUUUAGAAUAAUAAUUAAUUAAAGUUGCGUAAAAUAAUGCUUAGUUUUAUUAAAUUAUAGCUUAAGGGUUAAAUGAAUAAGAGAAAGCUUAACUAUAAGAAAACGUUGAGAAAGCUAAAAGUGAUUUAAAAGAUUUUUUGAUAAGUAGAUAAUAAUGA